ACAGACAGAAAGCGAUGAGGCUUUAUUUCUGAAGCAGCCGUCGAGAGGAGACGUGGCAGCCGGAUCAGAAGACCGAUGCUCAAUGGAUUACGUUUUAUUCUCCACUCAAUCUGAGACAAACCUCAGCUUUUCCAUGACACCAUGAACUCAAGCUUCGGGACACAAGGACGGAAAGAGUAACAAGUUUGGAAGAACUGGAGUAAGAACAAGAAAGGAGAGAUCUAGAAAAGCCAGACUCUGAAGAUGCCGAAACGGAGAGAGGAGAUGCACAGAGACGUGUGGACUCGGAUCUUGCUGGCGUGGAUUACCUGUGUAUGCUUCGGCUCCUCGGCGCCGUUUGUCAACCAGUCACAUCGUUUAGAAACAAGGCCGAGUUCAGAAAGCGAGACUUCCCAGCUGGAAGGACGAAGCAUCCUCCAUCGGGCCAAAAGAGGAUGGGUUUGGAAUCAAAUGUUCGUGCUGGAGGAAUUCUCUGGACGUGAUCCGAUCCUCGUUGGCAGGCUCCACACGGAUCUCGACGUGGGGAAUAAGAACAUCAGGUAUGUCCUGGCUGGAGAAGGAGCAGGAACCAUCUUUGCCAUCAAUGAGCUGACAGGCGAUAUCCAUGCUAUGAAGAGGCUGGACCGCGAGGAGAAGGCGGAGUACACGCUCACAGCGCAGGUCAUCAACCGAGACACCAACGAGCCGCUGGAGCCUCCAUCGGAGUUCAUCAUCAAAGUGCAGGACAUCAACGACAAUCCGCCGCAGUUCAUCGAGGGGCCGUACCAGGGCUCAGUGCCCGAAAUGUCACCCGUCGGAACUUCGGUGACGCGGGUCACAGCCACGGACGCUGACGAUCCAGUUUACGGAAACAGCGCCAAACUGGUCUACAGCAUUCUGGAAGGACAGCCGUAUUUCUCCAUUGAUCAAAACUCCGCAAUCAUUAAAGUUGCCCUGGCCGGGAUGGAUCGAGAGAUGAGGGAGGAUUAUCUGGUUGUCAUUCAGGCGAAAGACAUGGGUGGACAUAUGGGGGGCUUAUCCGGGACCACCACAAUCACCGUAACGCUGACGGACAUUAACGAUAACCCGCCCAAAUUUUCAAAAGGCUCAUACGAGUUCACCAUCUCCGAAGAUCUCGGCAUCGGAAAACCCGGUGGACGAGUGAAAGCAAAUGACCGAGACAUCGGAGAGAACGCAAAAUCGACAUACAGUAUCAUCGCAGGAGACGAGAAGGACGUGUUCGAGAUUGUGACCGACUCUCAGACUCAGGAGGGAAUCCUCACUCUGAAAAAGGCCCUGGACUUCGAGGGCAAAAACUUUUACAACUUGACCGUAGUGGCGACCAACAUUCGGCCUUCAGCAACUGGAGCCCCAUUUAUGGACCAAACAACAAUCAAAAUCAACGUAGAGGACGCGGACGAGCCGCCCGUCUUUACAAAGUCCACUUAUGUGUUUGAAGUCCAUGAAAAUGCCGCCAUUAACACCAUCGUUGGAAUUGUUACAGCCCGAGACCAGGACGCUACACACAGCCUCAUCAGGUAUUCGAUUGAUCGGCACACGGAUCUGGAGAGGCAGUUCAAUAUCCAUGUGGAUGAUGGGAAGAUCACGUUAGCCAAACCGCUGGACCGAGAGACUGAUACGUGGCACAACAUCACGGUGACGGCUACAGAAGUUCGGAACCACAGUCAGAUCUCCAGAGCGAUCGUGGCGAUCCGAGUGCUGGAUAUAAAUGAUAACGCUCCUGAAUUUCCCACUGAGUACGAAGCCUUUCUUUGCGAAAAUGGCAAACCUGGUCAGGUGAUUCAGACCAUCAGUGCUGUGGACAGAGACAAUCCAGCUCAAGGACACACAUUCCACUACAGACUGGAGAUGCUGAACAACCCAAACUUCACCAUUAAAAACAACUUGGACAAUUCCAUCAGCAUCCUGGCGAAGCACGAUUUGUUUCGUCGUCAGAAGCAAGAAGUGUACCUGCUGCCCAUCGUGGUGAGUGAUGACGGAGAUCCGCCGAUGAGCAGCACCAACACGCUGACCAUCCGAGUGUGUGGCUGCAGUAAAGACGGCGUGGUUCAGUCGUGUAACGUCGAAGCCUUCGUCCUGCCCAUUGGCCUCAGCAUGGGGGCGCUGAUCGCAAUCCUCGCCUGCAUCAUCUUACUGCUGGUGAUCGUGGUUCUGUUUGUGACUCUGCGGCGGCACAAGAGUGAACCGCUAAUCAUCAAAGAUGAGGAGGACGUUCGCGAGAACAUCAUCACGUACGAUGACGAAGGUGGUGGUGAGGAGGACACGGAGGCGUUUGACAUCGCCACACUGCAGAACCCUGACGGCAUCAAUGGCUUCCUGCCUCGCAAAGACAUCAAACCUGAGCUGAGCUACAGCGUCCGCGCCGGGCUCCGACCUGCAGCCAAUGGCGUUGACAUCGAUGAGUUUAUUAACGUCCGCCUCCACGAGGCUGAUAAUGACCCGACAGCACCGCCAUAUGAUUCCAUCCAGAUUUACGGCUAUGAAGGUCGAGGAUCAAUGACAGGAUCUUUGAGCUCGCUGGAAACUUCUUCCUCAGAUUCGGACCAGAAUUUCGAUUAUCUCAGAGAGUGGGGUCCGCGGUUUAGAAGACUCGGAGAGCUCUACUCAGUGGGCGAGAGUGACAAAGAAACUUGAGGCAUUCAUUUUUAUGAUUACUUUUUUCACCUUCAUGACUUUUACAUCAUGGUGCUCGCCAGAUCACAGUUAAAACACAUCUG